UAGUUAGGUGGGACACAGGAAGAUGAAACAGCAAAAAUGUUCUAGCGGCCCUCUUUCAUUUGGGUAGUUUAGCUACAUAAUUGAAGGUGAAAAAAAAACUGCUCGUUACCAGGUCGUAUUGUGUCGGUUCUAUUGAACUGUUCUAUUGAACGGUUCGAUCCUUCAUCGACCAUGGCAUGGUUCAUAUGUGUCGUCAUACUUUUGCUCUGCUCAAAAAGUGAGCAAUGCACCACUGGAAAUGCCUCAAAACUCAUUGAGCACACAGCUGCCCAUUUUUUCGAGAAAAUGCAAUCAGGAAAGAUGUAUUUUAUAUACUUUGGAAAACAAGUCAAUCCAACCAUAGGUCUCUUCAUUGAACAGCUGGAGAAGUCUGCAGAUGUUCUAGAAGAUUACGGUAUUUCAGUUGCUAAGGUAAAUUGUACUAAUGAACACAUAGCAAAGUACUGCACUGGAGAGAAGCUGAUGAAAAAAGUUUAUUUGUUCAGGGGUGGCAAUGUCCUGAAGAGUUUUGACACAGACACCGUCUUCGAUGUGAACGCCAUAGUGUCUCACGUUCUCUUCACUGUGCUUUUUGACGAGGUGAGGUACGUCCAUACAAUUGCUGAGCUACAGUCAGUGGAGAGGGCAGCUAAAGGCAAGGCUGAUAUUGUGCUAGGCCAUGUCCAGGUCUUGGGCUUACCAGAGCACCGAGCGUUGAUGGAGACAGCAUUUGUGUACGGAGUCAAGUACCAGUUUGUGCUGACCACAGGAGGCCCAGUGCUGACGAACAUGGGGGUGGAGGAUAUUUCAUCUUUGACAGCAGGUCUGUGGUUCCUGCACUGUAAGGGUGCAUCCCAGCACUCAGACUCCUGUCCACACACGGCCCUAAGGAGAGCCCUCACCACCCUCCACAUCUACACCUUCCUCCAGCUGAUGGAAGCCCCACUGGUGAGUGAGGCCUCAGUGGAGCCCUCAGAGGUGAACAUGGUCCACAGCCACCUCCAGGUGCCCCUGCUCUUCCUCUUCUCUCAGCCCCACACGGUGGCCCUUGACCGGGUCACUGCCCAAACUCUAGCCUGGAGGCUGAGAGGCCAGGUGGGCCUGGUGCUCAUCCACAGAGAGAGUCCUGAUGUAAAAAUCCCACUGGAAUACAAUGCUGCUUACAGACUACCAGGAGAGGGUUCAGAGGUCAAGUACCUGAUUCUGAACAAUCUAGAGGAGGUUAUCGACCUGUUCAGAGAUGAGAGCACUCCGGAGGAGGAAGAUGACGAUGAUAAUUGGGCCACUCUUGAUGUGCUUGAUGAUGAGGUGGCGGAGUCUGUGUACAGAGACAGGGCCCAGAGUCUGGACAUGGAUGCUGUCACAGAACUCACUGCUGACACGUUCCACAACGCAGUGGCAGAGAGUGACUACACGGUGGUGCUGUUUUACGUGAAAUGGGAUGCUGUCUCCAUGGCUUUCAUGCAGUCCUACAUAGAGGUGUCAGAAUCCCUAGAAGACGCUGACGUCAGCGACGUGGAGCUGGCUGUGCUGGAUUGUGGAGAGUGGACUGACGUGUGCAGCGCUCAGAAAAUCCGCUCCUUUCCCACAGUCCGUCUGUACCGCCCACAGGAGCCUAGCCAGCCCUACCAAGGCAUGCUGGGUACUGAGAGCCUGAACAGGUUCAUCAUGCUGAGUCGUUUGGUGUCCCCUGUCCUCCUGUCCUCUCCUGAUGAGGUGACAUCAUUCCUGGAGGGGGACAUGUACCAGCGACAUGCAGCUAUCGCCCCUGUCACAGUACUAGGCCUGUUCAGCUCCACAGCAGACGCAGGAGUGCCAGUGUUCAAGGAAGCAGCAAAAGCACUCAGAGGAGAGACGAUGGUCGGGUUGUUUGCUGACAGACAAGCAGAAAUAUGGGCUGUGGAGUAUUCUGUGACGCUGCCUGCCAUUCUGGUGUCACGAGGACCUACAGGCCAAACUGAGGCUCAUUCUCUCAACCUCUCCAUGCCGGACCAACUGGUUACACACAUCCAGAGAGCAUUACUGGAUACAUUUCCAGAAUUGACAGUGGAGAACCUGCCCCUGUAUCUGGAGGUUAAAAAAAAACUUCUGCUGCUCUUUGUGGGAGAAGAGGAGAGUGGGAGGAAAGGGAACAAGAGAGUAUUGGAUGAUAUGAGGAGUCUGCUGAACACAGGACUGCUCAACCCCUACCUGCCCUGCUGGAUCCACCUGGGUCGUACCCCUGCAGGUAAGGCUGUCCUGGAGGCAUACCUGGGUUUCCUGCCCCUGCUUCCUGCCCUGGUGGUCUCCCAGCUGGCCACAGGAGGAGAGGUCUUCCACUACCCCACUGGCAGACCCUUAAUGGUACAGCCCAUUCUGCAGUGGCUGCAGAGAGUGGAGGAUGGUGAAGAACCACCUGCAGGUGUUAUUGUGGAUGAGAAAUGGAUGCCCUCCAUGCCCUUCUACGAUUUCCUGUCCGUCAUGGACCAGGAAGUACCGGGCUAUGCCUCCCAGAGGAGCGCUAAGACAAAAACAAACCGGAUUGAGAGAGCAGAGGGAGAGAAAGAGAAGAGCAGCAGUGGUGGUGGUGAAAGACAAGCCCGAACUGGAGCACACGACCCCCAAGGGUCACCCACCACCAAGCCUCCACAGACAUCUCACCACCACUCUGAGCUAUGAGGGGGAUAGAGCAGCAGCCCUGACCUCUGAAAGCUGGAGGAAACCAAUGACCGCUUUGAUCAGAUUCACCUCUAACAGAUAAGCUACACUGAAGCUAUUAGAUAGUGAUCGCUUUAUGGGCUGUGAGAUCCACUGAGCCUCCUAGUAUGUGGUUUAGCUGUUUUACAGUGCAUUGGGAAAGUAUUCACACCCCUUGUCUUUUUCCACAUUUUGUUAUAUUACAGCCUUAUUCCUCAUCAAUCUACACACAAUACCCCAUAAUGACAAAGCAAAAACAGGUUUUUAGACAUUAUAGCCACACAAAAAAUACAUUAGCAUAAAUAUUUAGACCCUUUACUCAGUACUUUGUUGAAGCACCUUUUGCAGCGAUUACAGCCUCCAGUCUUCUUGGGUACAGUAUGACACUACAAGCUUGG